AUGGACGAGGUGAUCUGGAUACAUUUAAAAAUAAACAAGAUGGCGGGUUGCGAGCAUUAUGUAAGGAAAUGUUCUUUCCUGGCACCGUGUUGUGGAAAGAUUUACCCCUGCCGCUUUUGUCAUGACAAUGCUGAGAAAACCCAUGAACUAGAGAGGAAGAGUAUUCAACAGAUCAAGUGCAAUCAGUGUGAUAAACUGCAAGCUGUGGUCUCACAUUGUACAGAAUGUGGAAUCAAGUUCGGAUUUUACUUUUGUGAAACUUGCCGUCUCUAUGACGACCGGGAUAAGGGCCAGUUUCACUGCGAUCUUUGUGGAGUUUGUCGCGUCGGAGGCCAAGAAAACUUUUUCCACUGUUUAAGGUGUGAUAUGUGCUAUCCAAACAGUAUAAAGAGAUCUCACGUCUGCAUCGAGCAGAGCUCGAGAGCGGACUGUCCGAUUUGCAUGGAGGGCCUACACACCUCUCCUGUUCCUUGCCAGGUGUUGAGAUGUGGCCAUUUAUUGCACCAGACGUGUUUUCAAGCGUGUUUAAAGUCACAACUACGGCUCUGCCCUCUGUGCUCGACAUUGAUGAUUUGAAUUUGAGAUUGAAAAAUAAGAACAGAGUCAAUUUGGAUCAUAACGUACAAUAGUUGAGGAUCGAUGGCAAGUGUGGCAUGAAGAGCCAAAAUAAAACAGCCUUCAAGUCACAUUUUACCAGUUAUGUGUGGGAGCCAACAUUACCUUAAAUGCAGAUAUUGAAGGAGAGAUUUUUGAAUAACCCCAUUCUAUUCUAAAGGUAGUAUCAGUCUUAAAGGUAAACUAUUUUUUGCGCAAUUAUUUUGAGAAGCUCAUUUUCUGGUUGUGAAUAACCUACUAAUGCUUUAUUUGGCUCUUCUUUUUGGAUAUGUGUAUCUCUUUUUCUUUUUGAGUUAUUAAAGAAGAAGAGAACAGCAUAAAUAGUGUCCUGUGAUUUCCCCUCCAGGGGUGGCACCUACCUCUUAAAAGCAUCUAUAGGGAGGUCUCCUUACUACCCCCAUGAGGAAGAUUUUAUUUUGAGAGAUUUAGGUUAGUGAUCUUCCAAAUGCAGUUUCAAGUCAUUGCAAACAUGCUCUCACAAGCUAUUAAGCUAAGGACUUUCAACCUCAGCAAAAGUUGUUCUUAUAUAGCAUACCUACCCUAGAAACAUCAUUUAGCAGUGCCUAUUUUGUAUUUAAAUUAAGGAGCUUUCAGUUUAUUGACAAUCAGUUUGUUUAGCUCUGUUUAAUAUAAAUAUUGAAAAACCUCUCUAAAGAAAAUGUACAGAAACUUUUGUAACCCAGUACUUUUUACUAGUUUGUGUGAAUUGAUGGCAGUGUGCACAAUGCUGAGAAUAUAUGCUUGUGAAAAAACCAGUCAGUAACUGGUGCAGUAUUUUACACUUUGUUUGGAAUUAUACUUCUCAAAUAUUUUUAAAUAACUAGAUUGCAAUAAUAGGUGUCUGACCGUACAUACUGUUUCCUACCAAGCCACAUCAGUUCUGCAAUGUUAAAGCUCUUCUCUUGUGAGUAUAAUGCUCUUUAGUUCCUUAUGAUCUCUAAGCAAGGCUUACAGUAAUUAUUUUUAUCGUUGUGUUGUUAAUAUUGGUCAACAACGUUUUGCUAAAAGCAGAAACAUGCAGAUGAAUCACAAUGAUCUCUGAACAACAAGGCCUUUUGACUGAUGCCAGUAAAAUGUUGUGUUUUUUGUAUGAGAAGUUUUCUUUUUCUUUUCCUUGUAAUUAAAACAAGUGAGAAUAACUACUAGUAGCAACUGGAGCCCGAAAGGGAAAGUCAUGGACAGGACACUCAGACCCAUGUAAGGCACUUACCUUAGGAAAUGAUAACUUGAAAAUAUAUUUUAAAAUACAUAUAUAUAAACAAACUAAAAGAAAAUAUAAUAAUGGUUAUAUGGACAACCCACCCUAUGAAUAGUAACAGCAAAAAUGCAGCUUGUAUUAUGUGUCUUGAACUUCACUUCUUGCAUACUACUGAAAGGUAAAGAAAUAAAUUCACCAACUGAAUUUAAAGAAGGGUUUACAAAUAUACUUAAAGAGUGAAAAAUUGCAUGGUAUUUUGAUUGUUUACAUGUAAAGGUAGGUGAAGAAUUUCUAAGGUAAUAUUAUGUGGUGUUUAAA